GCAGACGCAGCUCACAGCUGAGCUGAGAGUCAGACAGGAAGCAGCUCGACGUGUAGCUCGCUCUCACAUCUGGAGAGGAACAACUUCUCCUGUCUGAGAGGUGUUUCCUUCUUUCUCUGAGCCUCAGAGGAGGAGAGGAAGAAGACGAGCUCACAGCUGCACGUUUCACAGAUUUCUCUUCUGCAUGAAAAUCUCUCCUCCCACUGCUGAGGGGAAAGAAGGAGGAGGAGGAGGAGGAAGGGCUCUGCACAUAUCAGCCGGAGGACAGAGUCACAGAGCAACGGAGCAGUGAGUGAAAGCUGUGAAGUGAAGUGGACAGGAUGCUGACUUGUUUGAGAAUCUGAUGAGAGACUCGGGGUGAGCUGUGGGCGGCAGACAGCUGCGGCCGCGAUUCACAAAACCUGACUUGGCACAAAAUCAAAGAGAUGCUACAACUAAGACGAAGCUCGCGCAUCACGAGAGGAGCCACUGAGUGAAAGUUGAAGCUUUGACUGUUUGCUUUGUUGACGUCUGGAAAAUGAGUUUCAUGUCCACAUGAAGCUGGGACGAGGACGGCACAGAGACAAAGUCAUCAGGAGGGGACAUCUGUGCGUGCUGGAGGUACGGAGGAGCAGUUAUGGGCUAAAUGGAUUUCCAAGAGGUGAGAGGAAGUCAUGCUGAACGCCAUGCGCCGCUGCUGCUGUCACCAUGUUUUCUCUGGACUGAAUAAAACCCACAACAAAGGAGAAUAUUUGAACAGCUUCCUGCACCUGCUCUUCUCUCCACUUUUCACAACACCUGGAUGAGUUUAAAGCCCCUGAACUCUGACUGAACUCAUCGUUCGUCUCCAUUAUCUGUGUCUAAACACUGCUGGAGACAGAGCUGGAUUUGGUUCCACCUGCUGAGCACAAAUUAUAGAGCAGAGGGAGUUUGUUUGUUCGCAGCGACACACCUGGACCUGACUGCUGGUGCCUUUUUGUUAUGUAGCCACCUCUUUUUUUUUUUUUUGUUUGCCCUCUCCAGAUGGCUGCCGUGCUGGCAGGUGGAUGAUGCAGAUGCAGUUGCCUCAUUCCACAUUAACUGGGUUUCACAAAAUAAACGAUCAGGCCGGAGCGAGCGGGAGGCAGAAAUGAAAGCGUGCAUCACAGUGACAGCGUGUUUGUGCCCUGUAGCUUAAACACUGUCUCAGAAGUGACGGCUUUAAACAUUUACACUGACGUAUCUGCCUGCAGCUCAGGAGGCUUCAGCUCCAAAUGUAAAGAGACUGGGAGCAGAUAAACAUGAAAAACAAGCGGACAGAGUCUCACGUGUUCGUCUGUCAGUAAUUUGUGUUUGAAUGAGAUGAAUCCCACAGCAUGAAGGAUGUGAAACACACAUUUACAGAGUGUAGGGAGUAACAGAGAUAAAAGCUGGGUCAUAGAGAGAUUACAAACACAUCUGGUGCCCGCGGCCUGCUGGUGGCAUCAUGCUGAAUGUUGCUGGGAGCACUGGUUUUCUGCAGGGUGUGGUGGCAGCAGCGGUUACAGCAGCGUCACCGUCAUGGUGGUCUGUCGUUGUCUCGUUAUUUUGUCUCCAGCUCCCCCAGCUGAGCCGCGUCCAGGCCACCAUCUGCCUGUCUCAAGGCUCCUCCCAGGCCGGCGGAUGCGUCUGUGCCUCAGACAUCCUCAGCUGCACCGCCCUGAGUCUGGACCAGGUCCCCAGAGAGAUGCCCAUCUCCACCGUCACUCUGGAUCUCAGCCACAACCGCAUCGUGCAGCUGGACGGGGGCAGCUUUGAAGGACUUUACCGAUUGGAGACAUUACGGUUAGCGCACAACCAGCUGACCACUAUUCACCCGGGGGCGUUUCGAAACACCUCCGGGACUCUGCUCAGACAUCUGGACCUGUCGUCCAAUCAGCUUCGUGUUUUGGGGCAGCACUACUUCCUGGAAUUGCCUGGAUUGGAGGAAUUGCUGCUGUUCAACAACCGUAUUGUCCGUGUGGAGAGCAGAGCUCUGGCCGGGCUGAGCAGCCUCCGCAAGGCCUACCUCAGUCACAACCGCCUCACUGACUUCCCCUUCUUCUCCAUCCAAGAGCACAGCCACCCUCACCUGUCCCUGCUGGACCUGUCUUCCAACCGCCUGCCCAAACUGCCCCUGGAGGACAUAUCAAACUUACCCAUCUCAGUGCAGAGAGGACUCUACCUUCACAACAACUCCCUGGUGUGUGAGUGCUCCAUGUACGGACUGUUCCGGCACUGGGAACAGAGAGACUUUGCCUCUGUGACAGACUUCAGAAAAGAGUACACCUGUCUGGUCUACGGGAUCCAGAGAGGCACCGUACGCUUCUUCCAGCACGACCGCUUCUUUGAGAAAUGCAACCUGACUGCGAUGAGUCAGGCGCUCAGAGAGCAGAACAGCAGUGUUUCAGUGAAGGCAGGGAGUCCAGUGCUGCUGCACUGCGUGACCACGCUCACCGGACAUCAUGUGACCUUUCUGUGGGUGUCACCCAAUCAGGAGUACGUGGCACCGCCGGGAAACAAUGGGUCAUUGAAAAUGUUCACCAACGGCAGCCUGGAGAUCGUGGCGGCUCGAGCUGCGGAUGCUGGGAUCUACUGGUGCAUGUCUCUGGACCAGCAGCAGCAGCGCAACGAGACGCGGGAGGUCAACGUAACAGUGUUGCUGCAACAUGACGAGCCUCACGAGUCGUUCAACACCGGAUUCACCACCCUGCUGGGCUGCGUGGUGAGCCUGGUGCUGGUCCUCAUGUACCUGUACCUGACGCCCUGCCGCUGCCCUCCCUGCCCUAAAGUCCUGACCACAGCCACCACCACCCCGAGCCAGGGGAACGAGGCUGGGGCGGGCAGCGCCCAGUCCUCCAUCCUCACCCCCACCCCGCCGGCGACCACUGAGGGACCGGGCCGCAAGGUCAGUACCAACAAGCAUGUGGUCUUUCUGGAGCCAAUUAGAGAGCAGCAGAACGGCAGACUCAGGGCGGGGCCAGCAGGACAUUUGGGUCCAGGUUUAUUACUAGAGGCAGAGCAGCACUCAAAGCUCCACAACCAGUCGCAACAGAGGGCGGGGGAGACAGACUCCAUCAUGUCCAUGUUCUCAGACACUCCCAUCAUGUUGCCAUAGCAACAGGACUAACAGAGACAGAGACACAGACUGGCACCAUCAUCACCUGUCACUUCCUCCUCUGCUUCUCCGUUACCUCCAGACCACCUCCCACUGUACCCACUGCACCCACUAUCACACCCCCUCCCACUGCACCCACUGCACCCACUAUCACACCCCCUCCCACUGCACCCACUGCACCCAGCACCACAACCCCUCCCACUGCACCCACUACCACACCUGAGCAGACCAGUAUCCCAAUCUCUGCUGUCGCCUGGUGAAACAGAACAAGUGCAAUUUGCAGAUUCUGAAUACUGUUAAUCAAACGGACACAUAUUGUAGUUUGCCCAGCUGGAAGCCGCUGAGUCCUACAGCCAUAAACCAAUGCACUGUGACGGGACGGGCUGAGACAGACUGACAGGGACGGGACGGUGUUGACGGAGAGGACACAGGAGAGAGAGGACAGUACGAACCUGUCAGAAUUAAAACAAACCAAAAAUAGAGAGAUUGUGAAGUCGCGGAGGAGCUGCCUCAAAGUCUGAGCGAGGAAACUGUUUGAGACGAAGUUGAAAGGACGUUCUCCUGCCAACACGACGAGCAUGGACCGCUGCUGUCCCUUUAAGCACGGCUUGUACCUUUAAUAAACAUUUGCUGCGGAUGCCUUCUUGUCUCCUAAUGAGAUGUAGAGAAAAGAAAAAAAAUCUUUUUGUAGAGCUUUUAGGCUUUUCCUUUUUUUCAGUCGGUUGAUUAGAGCCAAACCAACGUGUGUGUAGUGUCGCUCUGUCACAAUGUGAAACGUUUUAGAGUAGACGAGCAAGAGAAGAAGAAGAAGAAGAGCUUUUAGCAAGUAAAAAUAGAAACUCUUUUAAAGGAUAAGGUUUGAACUCCCAUCCCCCUUCCUCCUCCUCCUCCUCCUCCUCCUCUCCUCUGGAACCUGAUUACUGUCAUCAUCAGUCAGUACAGAAGUCGAGGAAAAACAAAAGGGAAAUAAAUGAAUUAGAGCAUCAGUUGAAAUAAUUUAUGCUGCAGAAGAAGAAGUGUUGUGUUGUUGAGUUGGAGGCAGUGAACUUUUUAUUGCUCUUUUUUUAUUCACUCAGUCAAUAAAUGUGGAAAUGAAUCUGUGGAGGUGAAUCUGCAGCAGGACUGACGGACAAUUAGGGCGGACAUGUUUCUGUUUUUCUUGUCUUCACUGUAUUCACUGCCCCCCCUCCCCCGCCUCUGUCUCCUUCCUGUCUCCACCUGCGUGUUAAUAAACCUCUGUGU